GUCCAUGCAAGGCAGGAUCGCAGCACAAGCAUUCAGUUUUGACCAGCAGUUUAAGCCCUAUCAAAAGGAUGAAUUUGUUAUGGCAUUUUUUAAUGAUCAAAAUGUGAACUCCAGUUUAAAGUUGCUCUCGGCUUCAGGACAAUGGACUACAUUGG